GUUUAUUGUGUUGACCACCAUUUUGGGGGGCUAGUUUGACCUUGUUAUUCUCUGUAACUCCUUUAGUUUUACAAUUUUCUGGAUGGUUUCUAUGAUGCCAAUACCAAAUCACAUCAAUGCUGCAUUUUGUUUGUUCUCCUAGUUUGUUCUUAGGCUAGAAGCCAAUUACAAAAUAGCUUCUAAUCCGAAGCCAAUUCAAAGUGUUCGUUCAUCUUUACUUUUUUUAAAUAUUUCUUCGAUGGGGUUUGUAACAAACAUGUCACCUAUCACUGUGAUGAUUAUAUAUGGUUACUUGUUUGAAUCUAGUAAUGAAUAAAAUGCCCACAAUUUGAGUUUUCCACUGUUAGGUUGUGCUUGAAAGCAUUCAGAGAAACAAAUAUGGGUUUGAAUGUAAAGGAGGUUCAACUUCGUUUGUGCAAAGUGGUUCAAGUUUCAUAUCAAUCUAGUUACACCUUUCUACGAAAGCAUCCAAUUGUUUCUGGUGCCUUGUCGGUGUGCUUCAUCCUGUAUAUACUUCUUUCUUAUAUCUAUAGAUUCUUGGCCUAUUUGUCCCCUUUUCUUGUAUGUGCUGCUAUUUUUGUAAGAAUCUUUUGGAGUUCUGAGCAAACUCAGCUCAGAUAUAUCAAAGAUUUCAAGGAGAAGGGAGAGAAAAGAAGGGUAGAACCAAAAUAUCCAAAGAUUCCUAACAAUGCGAGGCGCGAAAUGCUCCAUAAGUAUCCAUCACAAAGUGCCACAAGUAGGAGGAGAAAUCUCAGGUACAAGAAAUGGGAUGUGUAUGGUGGUUUAGAGGAAAAAGCCAAGGAUUUAUCAGCAGCUUUUCAUAAUGAGUUCACAAAAGGUGAGAGUUCUUUAGACUAUGGAUUGUCUGGGAAAAAAACUCAGGCUCCUAAGAGGCAAACCUUGAGAUCUGAACCUUCAAUGGUUGACCUAGUGGAGUGUGGUGAUGCUGAGAUAGAAAAGAUGGAGUAUGAUGAGGAUGAGGAGGAUGCAAUGGAGGAGGAAAGGAACAAACCCAUAGAAUGGACAGAGGAUGAUCAGAAUAAUCUCAUGGAUCUUGGGAAUUCAGAGAUGGAGAGGAACAGAAGAUUGGAGAGUCUCAUAGCCAGAAGAAGAGAAAAGAAACUAAUGAAGAUGCAACUUGAGAGUGGUCUAAUUGAUAAAAGACCAAUCACAUCAUCAAAUCCAAUUGCACCACUACUAAUUAAAAGAGGAAAUCCAAAGGACUUUGAAGGGAUUGAUGACUUAGAAAUGCCUGGUUCUGCUCCAUCUUACAUGCCAAGAAGCCCAUAUGACAUUCCUUAUGAUCCUUGUGAGGAGAGGCCUAACCUCACAGAAGAUAGUUUACUUCAAGAGUACACAAGUAAUCAGAAGGACAACAUUACAUUCUGCAGGCAUGGAAGCUUCAGUUUAGGCCCCUUUAACCCAUCAGAAACGAAUCAGGACCAAGGAGCUAGAGGGUACUACUCAUUUAAUCAAAGGAGGAAGUAUUCAGACAGGCUUCCGUACUCAAGAUUCAGAAGUCAUCCAGAUAAGGGAAAUCAUGACUGGCUAAUUGACCAGUUGCUCUACAAUGAAGGAGGUGAAAAUGGAUCAGAAACACCUAAUCCAGUGAGUAAAGGACAUGAAACAACACAUGAAGAGAAUGGGAAAUGUGAGACUAGUGUAGCUGACAUGAAAGUAGAGGAAGUGGAGAAUGCCCAUGAAGCAAAAUCUAUGUCAAAUCAGACAAGCAAGAGUACAGGCCUAGUUCCAAACAUCUCAAAUGUUGAAACAACUCAUAUUUCAGAAAAGUCAAGGUUUUGUGAGCCUCAUAAGAGGCUACUCAAUUUACCAGAAUCUACUAAAACAGCAAGAAGUGUCACUAUAAAUGAAUCAUCUAUGCAUGACAGUGUUCCAUCUCCUGUUGAUAAGAGACAAGAAAUGAUGUUCUUAACCGAUAGGCGUGUUUGUCACACCCCAACAUAUUCCAUUGCUUCUGACUUGCAAGUGGAGGUUUCUGAAGUUGGUUCACCAACAUCAACAAUUGAAGAAAAUGCUAAUAGCAAUUCAACUUCUGAUAGAGACUCCUCUAUUUUGUAUGAUGGGGACAUUGAUAGAGAUGUUAGUUCUGGCAGUGAAGAUUUGUGGGGAGCCUCUUUCCAUGGAACACGUGGAGUUAGAAGUGAGGAGAAUAAUGAAGAAGUAAACAACUCAAAGGACAUUAUUUCACCAAUUUCUCUAAGACAAAUAGAUGAAGAAAAUGUAGCUGAUGUGAGCUCCAUGUCCUCAAGAUCGGAUUUGCCUGAAGAUACUCCAACUUGUGCAAGAAGUAGUGAUCAUCAUAACAUCUUUGGUUAUAUGAAAUAUUCUGAAAGGGAAAAUGAAUCACCCCAAUCUUCCAUUUCUUCUUCUGUGUCAUCACAUCAGACGUCGUUGAUUGGUAGCUCCGUGGAACAGUUACCUGAGGAAUCACACUCAGUAAAACCAAAGGAAUACAACCAGUCAGAGAAUUUGAUAACUGAGUCACUGGUUAUCAAUGAUGUGAGUAUCUCAGCAGUAAUAGAGCAAAAUAACAAUGAGAACACAAUAAGUAAUGAAGAUCCAAGUCCCAGCACGUCAGUUUUGCGGCAAGAAUCAGUUGACGAAGGUUCUAACUCCUCAAUCGCAUCAUCACCAAGAUCCGUAUUACCAGAGAAGACCAUAGUAGAUGAAGUUUCAUCAUCAGCCUCUACACAACAGUUGCAUACAGGUUCUCAGCAUUCUGAAAUGGAGUUUAUGGCCCAAGAAACUUUAAAUGGUGAACGCCCACCUAACACCAUACCUCAAAAUUUUCAGCCUUUAAUGGUUGAUACAACUGAUGAAUCACAUAAUCUUAACUUUAAUUAUUCUCAGGAGCAAACUAACCCCCUAGAGAAUUCCACUGAAGGAUCAAAUAUCCUUGGCAACAUGAAUGAUGAAGAAGAAGUAAGCCUUAAGGAGGAGCAAGACAAGUCAAAGAAUGAUGAAAUCAGUGAAGACAAUUCCAAACACCUAAUUAGACAAGAGAAUACUGCAGAAUCCACUAGAAUAACAACUAUGGAGGAUACAGAUGACACUCAAUCUAGAGAUUUAGUGGAUGACAGACAGCUGCCAUCAAGAGAGCUUGUUCAAGAUGAUAAGAUUGACAAACCAGCAAGUAGUAACAUCCAUGAGGACUUGCCGGAACCAAGGGUCGUCGAGCCACCAGUUCCCGUUAAAGAAGCAAAUGAGGGCCAUGCAGAAGCUUCAUGAAGUAGUUAAACUUGGCAAGUGCUAAAGCCUGAUAUUCCUUGGAAUUGUACAUGUACACUAUCGAAAGUUAUUGGCAGAAAGAAGUGAAGUUCCACUGUUUGGUUCUUCACUCUAAUUGAAUGACUAAUUUGAUUAGGAUGCAGAAAAGGAGAAGAAGGACUAAGUGUUUUAUGUGCAUGGAUGCUGCACAUAGAUUACUUCUCCGUAGACAUUCAUAUAACAUUAUUCCAUUAGUCGCAUUGCACAUACCUUAUCAUAGUAAAUAUGUAGAAAAUUAGAUUUAGAACAUUAUAUAGAAUUGACAUAAUUUUCAUUUUUGGUGCUGUUGUACCUGUAAAUUUCAAAUGAUAAUCAUAUUUUUCAAGGCUCCAAAUAUUUCACUUGUA